GGAUAUUCGAGAAUUGGCGCCGAACCGCCAUAACUACGCAGUUCGUCGAGAGGUGCGGUAUCUCUUCCGAAGAAGUCGAUGUCUUUCUACGAAUGAUAAGACACGACUCGAGGAAGGAGAAGGAGCAUCGUCUUCGUCGUCGUCGUCGUUAGGAAAGAUCGAUAGAUCGAAGAAGAAGAAGAAUAAGAAGGAUGACUGAAGGAACGAUGACUGAAUUCGAAGAGAACGUGUCCUUCGAUGCCGACGACCCGGACUUUGCUCCAAAGGUUGCUGCCCAUCAUAUUGUCGUAGCACAGACCGUCCUUCGUAACGUGCACUUUACCGACAUUACCUUCGGAGUCGACAAACUAGCAGCAACAUAUCAAAACAACAUGUCUGUCACUUCGGUUCAACCAGCUUCCGAAAGUCUGUCACGUCAUGGAAGCAACAUUUCUCUCUCUUGUCACAGUUUAUGCGAAAGCGUGGAUAGCAAUCUCCAGGGUUCGCAUCCGCAAUAUCAAGACACGAUUCUAACUAUAGAAGAACUCCGUGCUCAAUUGAAUUCAUGCUUUACAUGCGGGGUCUCUUGGAGUCAGGACCACGUUUCUCUGGAUUGCAGCGAAUGCGGAGGUUAUUCUCUUCAACGACCUUGUCCGCUUUGCGAUGGACGUUGUCAUAAGGAAUGGAAACGUGAUCUUACUAUGUCUCAUGCAAGUGGUAAAGCAAGAUGGGACGGUGAAUGUGGUCUAUGUUGUGGACCUUCAGUUGAAGAAUCUUUGGUACCAGCUUUGGAAAAGCUUAGGGCAACCUCGUGAAUUCAUCGUUAAAAUAUUAUCAUCAUCAUCAUCGUCGUCGUCGUCGUCGUCGUCAUAAUCGUCAUCUUGUUAUCGUCGUUGCCAUCGUUGAUAUUUUCGGACAGCAUCGUCGUCGUCGUCGUCGUCGUCUCCUCUUCGUCGUCGAAUCGAAAUAAAACGAAACGAACAACAACGCAAACCAUUGCACAAGACUUAAUAUUACAUCUCACCGAGAUUUCAUUUAGCGUUUCUUCAUCAUACUGUGAUUAUCGUCAUCAUCAUCAUUCAUCAUCAUUACCAUCAUCAUUACCAUCAUCAUCAUCGUUGCAAUGUGAGAUGUGUGAAUGCGGAUUACGUUUUAAAUUUAUUAUAGAAAAGAAGAAAGAAAGAAAGAAAGAAAGAAA